AUUGCAGGUGUCUCUCAACGGCAUACUUUUUCGCGACGUACCUCACCAUGACGAAGGACAACAUGCGCGGGCAGACCGUAUUUAUUACUGGAGGCUCUCGAGGCCUAGGGAAAGAAAUUGCGAAGAUCCUCGUCUCUCGGGGUGCCCACGUCACCAUCUUUGCUCGCUCGCCAGCAACACUUGAGCAGGCCAGAAACAGCAUCAUCGCGCAUAGGCUUGAUCAGCGCCAGGAAGUUAAUGCGGUCUCCGUGGACUUGAGCGAUGCUUCCAAGGUUGAAAGCGUCUUCAAGUCCCAACCUCGAACUCCCGAUGCGUUAUACUGCGUUGCCGGCGGCAGUGCCGCUGAGUGUGGUUUCAUGACGCAAAUCCAGCCGUCGGAUCUCGACACUUGCAUGAAGAACAACUACUUCACCUCAGCAUACGCCGCACAAGCGGUGCUUAAGUCCUGGACUGCGAGCGAUGAUGCCCCGGCGAGGGAAACACUGAAUCGCAAGGUACGGCGGAUCGUCUUUGUCAACAGCGUAGCGGCCCUGUGUCCGCUGCCAGGCUAUACAGCCUACGCACGUGGGUCUUCAAUGCCAAAAGAAACGAGAGCCUCUUCAUGCUCAUUUCCCGCAGCCGCGAAGUGUGCCGUCCGCGCUCUCGCCGACACGCUGAGGAUGGAAGUCCUGCGCUACUCCAACUCCGCCGUAACCUACAAGAUCCACUGUGCAUUCCCUUCGAACUUCAUCUCCGAAUCGUUCAUCGAAGAGCAGGAGCGCAAGCCCGCACUCACCAAGCGCAUCGAAGGAACAACGGGCGCAAUUUCAGAGCUGGAGAAAAAGUUUCCCUCCGCUGAGAAGAUGGCGGGAAAGAUACUCGCUGGGGUGCAGAGCGGCGAUUUCGCUGUCUGUGACGACUCCGUCGAGAGCGGGCUUUUUUGGGCGAAUAUGGUUGGGACGUCGCCGAAGCGGGGGUGGGGAGUCGUGGAUUCGCUGUAUGCAUUUGUGGUUGGGUUGUUCGUUUGGCCGGUACUGCGGAGGUAUUUCGACUCUUUGUGUAGAGCGGAUGGCGAGUAAUACCAGUACUUCCCUGGGUUGAUGAGUCUGAAUCAUAGUAGGUACUGUACCAUUUGAGCAAUAUCGCUAUCUUUGAG